AUGGUAAUUUCUAUAUUUUAUAAACGUCGUGAGGAUCCAGCGUCAAUUGAUCCAACAAUUAUCGAUAAUCUACUUUAUGGUGAUGGAGGAAGUCCUCAAAUACCUGUAUCAUUAUAUCGUCUUCAUAUGUAUUUUAAUUAUUUAUCAUUAACGGAUUUUCAUCUCGUCCUAAAAUUAUUUCCCAAUCUAAGACAUUUAACAUUUUCAACAUCAACUUUCGAUUUGAAUUUUGCAUCAUCAACAAUAUGGCACGAAUUUAUUUCCAAAAAUCUGCUCAAAUUAGAAAAAUUUCAAUUCUAUAUACGGAUUACCGGUUCUGUUGUUCAACAAUGUCCGUCACCUGAACUCGUUCAUCUAUUCAACGAUGAUCAUAAGAAAUGGAUAGAUGGUCCUGUUAUUAUGGAUUAUAAUCAUGUUUUAGAAUCACCAAUGUUAGAAGUUUAUACCUAUUCACAAUUCGCACAUAAUGGAAAAUCUUCUGUAGAAUUAUAUGGAAAGGAAAGAUAUAUUACAACAACAAAUAAUACAAUUAGCAUCGAUAAAAAUAUAACAAGAUUAAGAAUUACAUUAAAUGAUAAUGUUGAACAACUAGUAUCGACAUAUCAAAACAGGACAAUUUAUCCAAAAGUAACAAUAAUAAUAAUUCAUUCACAAAUGACAAUAAAACCAAAAGAAAACGAUCCAAUAAGCAGUUUGAUCUGUUCUGAUCUGAUAAAAUCUAUUCCUGAUUUAUCGAAAAUUGCCGAGCUUCAAUUUACCAUAAAUACACCGAUGAAUUUCAAUUAUCCAUCACGAACAUUAGUGCGUCGUCUUCUAAGUAAAAUGCCCAAAAUUCGUCGACUUGAUCUACCCUAUAACUAUCUAUUGGAUUUGUUCAAAUCACCACUAAUCAUUCAGAUGUUAGCAAAACAGAUUCAUUCUAUAUCGAUUCAAUUUCACAAUGAUCCACCAUUACUGCAAGAUAUAACUCAAAUCUUGAAUGCAUUCUCAACGAAUUUACAUUUUCUAUACAUGAAUGUUAAUAUGGCUUUUCCAGUCGAUAAUUUUUACGCUAUUUUGCCAUUAAUAUUCAAUGGUACAUGUAUCAAAUUGUAUCAUUUUGAAUUGAGACUAUCAAAAAUACAACAAACAUCACAAUCAUUUAGCACAGAAUUUAAACUAUGGUUGAAGAAACAUCUGGCUAUCUUGAUCAAUAAUGAUCAAAAAAGAUUGACUACAAUGGAAUAUAGUAUUAAAGAUCGAGAAUUUCUUGUUUCUUUUUGA